CGAUUCAUUCGAUCCUUGCUUUGAGCUCGCUCAAGAUGGACCUAUGGCGGCAACUGAGUGCGUACUGGGGUGUUCCCAGCGACGUCGAAGAGACAGAAGAACAAAAAUUUAACAGGGAACGUCGCCAGGCCAAGCUACGUCUCCUCAGCCGAAGCCAGCGAGGUGUCAUGCUCGACGACUUGAAGUCCUCCGUUGCGGAGGUUCUGCAGCUAGUGGUUCAGCAACAAGUUGCGCAAACGCACGCCGCAUCGUCCGCCACAAUGGAGAGCACUGAUGACGACAAGCAUAAGAAACCUCUCCUCCUCAACGACGACCUCCAGGCGGUGUCCAAGUUGUGCGCGACGCUGGAUAGGUGCUUCUCGCACGGCCUCCGGCGCGUUGAGAACGAUGACCAGCAAUCGGUCAAGUUCUUCGGACUGCUCAAGUGGACGUGCACUCGACUGGGUGCGAUUCACCAGCAGCGCAUGGCGUGCGGCGAGGAUGGCGCCGGGAGCGCAAAUUUGUCUAAGCAAGCAGUCCAGCUCGCGACAUCGUCUUUGGAGCCCGAGCUACCGCGCAACGUGCGCGGCUUCCUUGCGUGUGUGCGCACGGCCAACGAUCUGUCGAAUGUCCAUCAAGACGAAGGGAAGGUGCGCGCCUUCCUCCGCCAAGCCCUGAACACGCACAUCCUGCUCGAAUGCAUGAAGGUGACCCUGAACGAGGCCAACCAGGACCUCCUCGUGUCGUACUUCACCGAACAUGCCCUGUUCCGUCAACAGGACGAAGUAGCAGUGUUCCUCGGGCUUCUUGAGGGCCUCGACACACUCUCGUUCGGGUUCCUCGUCAACGACCCGCGCUUGGACCUGUCGCCCGACAUCCAGCCGUUCCUGACGCCUCUGCCCAAGCCCAUGGCACAGGCCGCCGUGGCGCCGCCCGCCGACCUGAUCGAUCCCGAGGACAUGGUGCAAGGUCGCGUGCGGCUAUCGGGAGAAGACUACGAGUGCAACCUCCUCGCGGCCAAGCUCAUGUCGCACCGCGAGCUCAACCACGAAUUCGACAAGUCCACGAACGGGAACCCCCUCGCGGCCGUUCUGAGCCGGGCCAAAACAUCGCAAGCGCUGGACGACGCCGCGUCGGCCGUGCUGCGCUUCCUCGAGAUCGGCCUCCCCGAGUACGACGUGUUCGGCGCGCCCUUGCUCGAAGUCGUGUGCAAUCCGUUCCUGUGCGGCCUCGCGCGCUUCGACACGUCGCUGGGCCUGCCGGACGUGGUAGAGGCGUGCGUGUGCUAUUUGCACCGGAAGUUGGCGACGCCGGGGCUAUUUCAAGUGCACUUGGCGUCCGAGCACGUGCUGGACCUCCGUGAUGCCAUCGAAGAGCUCGGCGGGUUCCAUAAAAGUAUGGCCAUCGACCCCCACGAAGUCAUCUCGGUCUUGUUGCAGUACCUGUGGGAACUACCCGACCCCCUGCUCACCGAGGACCGCGCGGACGCAUUCUUGGCCGCCGCGAAAGCCCCCGAUGACAAGCAGGCCGUCCGCCACCUUCGGCUGCUCGUGAACGACCUCCCGUGGUAUGUGAAACCAGUGCUUGAGCGCCUCUUGCACUUGUUUGCUCGGGCGUUGGAGCCGGAAUUCAGUGCCAAGAACGGCCUGAGUCCGCAGUCGCUGAGUCUUCUGCUGGCGCCGCUGCUGCUGCGAUCGGCACGGACGUACCGAUUCUCUGAACUGGACGAGCCCGCGAUCAGACGUUUUCCGGUGGCAGGGCACGUCCCCGUCAAGCAUCGGUUCCCGUCCACGGUGUACAACGAAUACCCGAGUGAGAUUGCAGACCGGCUAGCGGCGGAAGCCCACGCGAUGCGCAAGUUGAAGCAACAGGCUGAAGAAGGUGCGGGCGUCGUGGAGCUGCUAAUUGUGCACCAAGCGACGAUCCUUCACGACAUCCGCCAGCAUUUGACGGCGCGGCGGUCUAAGCUCCAGGCUAAAGUGGAGACGAUGGAGGGCGUCCGCGGGCGUCUGGACGUGCCCGUCGACGUCUCGCAGCCGUACCAUGUGUCGGUGCUCAAGAAACUGUGGGACGGACUGCUGCCGCUGGACGAGACGGCGGCCGACUACUCGGCCAACUUGGCGCUAGAGGCGGCGGACUCGGUGGAUGUGGCGGCGUUGCUGCGGUCGUCGCGGUGGCUUCAAAGCGGCUUCCACACCAAGGACCCGCUGGGGGGGUUCCGUGGCGGGGGGCUCUUGUCCGUCGAGUGUCUGGCGUUCUUUGUGCACGAGUACAAGGACAAGGCGCAGACGAUGCUCCGCCGGAACGCCCUCUCGGGGGGUAAUCGGUACCCGUUCCCCGUGGCCGCGAUAAACGUCAUGCGCAUGAUGCUCAAGCUGCUCAUGCUGGACGCGGCGCCGGCGACGUCGAGCUCACUGAUUCUGCACGCCGAGACGGGGGUCGACACGAUCCUGAGCAUGCAAGUGGCGGAGCGGGUGUCCCGGACGCCGUUUUGGAAAGUGUUUGACGAUGACGAUGGAAGGGCGUUCGAGCGGCUGUUUAGUAUGGCAUUCAUGGUGCUCGACUUGCACUGGCAGCGGUCGGGGGCGACGCAGAUGGGGUUCAACCCGGUGCUGGACACGACUCGGCGGCAGAUGGGAUGGCUGCUGGAGCAAGCGCCGCGCGACAUGGACGAGAUGUGGACGACGUGGAUGCAAGUGCGCGAAGGUACGGUGAAGAAGGUCACGAGUGCGGGACUGCCUCGAGAGGAUGGGGGGGGGAUGAUCAAUGAGGAGCGCCGCCAUGCCAAGGAGGUGCUAGACCAGGGGACGGCCAAUGAUUUGGUGGAUUUUUCAACGGCAGACACGAAGAAGAAGACGGAGGAAGUGGAAGAGGGGGGCUUUGACAUGAUCAAGGACGGACGGCUGUCGCCACUCGACAUUGAUGCCAUCUAGGUAGUAGUCGAUAAUAUAUAUACUAACUACAGUAGUACUUGGUUAUAGCCAGACUCGA